CCUGUUGGAGUAGGUGUGUCACAGUGGGUGUGGGCUAUAAGACCCUCAUGCUAGCUUCCUGGAAGUCAGUUUUUUUGCUAGCAGCCUUCAGAUGAAGAUGUAGAACUCUUAGCUGAGCCAGUACCAUGGCUUCCUGGACACUGUCAUGCUCCCACCUUGAUGAUACUGGACUGGAUCUCUCACAGCCUGUCAUGGAAGGGACAACUGGAGUGUCCCAAGAAAGGUCUGGCGAUGGCGAUGGCGUUGGAGCUGAGGGCAUGAAAGGCGUACAUGUGGAGCAGCACUUUGAAACAGAAAGUGAGGGGAUGCCAUUGCUGACAGCAGAGCCAGACCAGGGCAUCCCAGAAGUGACUAGUGAAAAAUCGGACAGUUCAGCCGAAGAACUUGUACACAUGCCACUCAAAGAAGAGGAGCGCGUGAUGCCUCUGAUCGGGCCUGAAACCUUGGUAGACUUGGAUGAUUUGGAUGAAAGAGAUAAGCCCAGUAUUGAGGAUGUGAUAGUAGAAGGCUCUGAGUCUAACUCUCUGGGUUCUGUUCUGCCUGACCUACCGUCUGUAUCACAGCAUAGCUUUUCCGUAGCUUUGCCACUUACUUCCAGCCAAGACGAGUCCAGAGGUAUAAAGAGUGAGGGUGAUAUUACAAUUGAAGUUGAUAGCAUUGCCGAAGAAUCGCAAGAAGGCCUGUGUGAGAGAGAAUCAGCGAACAGGUCUGAAGCCAGCGUUGCCUCUGGUACCUGUGGUAUAAUUACACGCGAGAGAAAGCGCAGAGCGAAGGGUCAGAAAAGGCCAAGCGAUGCAAAUAGUGUAUUAAUGACAAAAAAGCAAAAGCAAACUCCAAAGCGGACAAGUGCUGCAGCAAAAAGUGAAAAGAAUGGGGCAGGACAGAGCAGUGACAGCGAGGACCUUCCCGCCACGGACAGUUCCAGUAACAGCACACCAGUGAAGCACCUUAACCUGCCCAAGCCACAGAAGCUGCCACGUUCUCCUGCAAGAGUCUCCCUCCUCAAAGAUAGAGGGAAAGAGAAACACAAAGAAAAGCCUGCAGAUUCAUCCCCUAGAACAUACAAGUGGAGCUUCCAACUCAAUGAAUUAGAUAAUAUGAACAGUAUAGAGAGACUCUCUUUUCUUCAAGAAAAAGCACAGGAAAUCAGAAAACACUACAUGUCUUUGAAGUUGGAAGUUGCAACCAUCGACAGAAGGAGGAAAAGUUUGAAAAGGAAAGAUAGAGAAGUGUCUCAUACAGGACCUUCUUCUAUGUCAUCGGCUUCAUGAGUCCCUCUUCAUUGUCUCCCCCCAAAAUGUACUUGCUGUAGAGCGCAGGUUAUGAACAUUUCUCCACCUGCCAGCAGUUUGCUGCUAUGGACAGAAAUCCCAAACCCUGAAA